AUGUCUUCAAGACAGUUCCCUCUUGACAGUCUAGUCAUUUUGGAUGAGGCACUUGCAUGUGCAGCCAUACACGUAGAACAGCACAAAGCUCUGCUUAGCAAGAUAGAUGUAAUUGUAGUGCACUCAAUUGCAUUUCAAAAACAGAACAGUGCUCUUACCAAGGAGCUUUGCGUUGCAAAUGAGCACGUAGAGUUCCUACACAACCAACCCCAGCUUCAGGUACAAGUACCUGGUGUUUCAACCUUCACCACCACCACUCUCCUGCCCACAGAGAUUGCUCCUGUUGAGAAUUCUUCAGCAGAAGCCUCUGCACAUGGUCCUGUCACCAUCCCUACACCCUCACCCACCACGUUUUUGGCUGCUGCCAAGAAGGCAAUGGGAAAGAGACCCAACCAGCCCAAGCUCACCACUGCUCAAGCCACCCAUGCCCUGCAACCCAAAAGUGGACCAUCUGCAUAUGCGUUUGUAUACCUGCCCUGCAACCACCACCUCAAGUACUCCCAAGUACAAAAGCUCUUGAGAACAUUUAAGAUCCAACAGUCCCGUGUCUUGGACAUUUCGUUCCCGGAACGUGGCACUCUCUCCCUCCUUGUGCACAAUGACUUCAAGGACAAGAUCACCCAGCUCUUCGCAGACAUUGGCGUGUCUGUGAAGACAGAUUUUGAUCCCUUGAACCAUUGGAUCAUUGCUGACCCGGCACAUGCCCACAAACCUCUACACUGCCAUCGUCUUCUUGCUCUCUGCCUUCGCCUCCCUGCCCCACUGGGCAAAAGUGUCAUGAGGCACUUUUGUACAGUGGAAAGUAGCUCUCUUCGCCUUCCUUCAGUCUGCCUUGAGCAGUAUCUGGAAGACCGAAACCUUCCAUCUGGCCCCCAAGCCAGUGCCAUUGACACUGCCACUGCCAUGCUCUCUUGGGUUGCCACUAUGCUAAAAUGCGCAAGGCCUAGACAAACCCAUAAUAAAAAUAUUUUCACCUGUCCACCCUUAAUGACUGAAGCUGAAAUCAACCGGUACAACUGUAAUGACUAUGAGCAAUUGAGUUUGAAGCAAGUGACUAGUUUAGGCAACUAG